AUGUCAUCUGAAAAUAAUAUCGCAUUCUCUGUACCAAUAUCACAUCACCAGCCUCAUCAGAUACAUCACCAGGGCCCACCACCGCCCCAUGUAGUCCAGCAACACCAACAACCUCGUCUUCAACACCACCUGUCUAAUGGUAAUAUGGUGCUAGGAGACUUGUCCAUAGCUGGGUUGUCUUUAGGAAAUAGUGGAGUACCGCCAGUUUCCCACUCGCAACAGCCUCAGGUUCAACCACAGGCUCAGCAACAGCAUCAACAACAGCAGCAGCAACUUCCACCCCUGGUCCAACAACAGGCCCCUCCCCAGGUUCAGCAACAAGGACUGUCCCAAGUGCAGGGCCAGCUGCAACAACAGCAGCAGCAGCAGCAGCAACAGCAACAGGCUCCUACCGAGCCAUUCACGCUCCGUCUCUCGAAUCUCCCCCAGGACUUAACCAAAAGAGAAUCCUCAUUGAUGUUUGCAUUGGUAAUUGAUGAUAUCAUCAACAUCGAGCAGAACGGUGAAGAUAUAGUGGCCUACUUCAAAACCUUAAACACGUGCAUUACUACUGGUAAAUUGUUAGAAGGGAAGUACCUUUUCGGUUCAGACCUGUUGCCUAUUAAAGUUGACUAUGAUAACCAUUUCCUGGGCCCAGUAUUCAAUUCAUUGAGGCUUUCCAGUGCCAAUAUUUCACCACCUCAUGUGAACACAAACACAUCGGAGUACCAGAAGAGGCAGUCUAUUGGGAACCAACGCUCUAGGUUCUUGUUUAGUGAUCCAUUUAGCGGUAGCACUACACCAACUUCAGCCAUGGCGCCAAAUAGUGCGUCUUCAGCAAGUGGUGGCAGCCAAGCGGCUGCUGGUAGCACUGGCGCUGGUGGUCAGCGUAUUGACUUGUCUGAUUUGAGCGGGAAGUCAUUGUUGUUGAUGGAAUCUCAAAACGAUGCGAGGGAAUAUGAACAGCUUGUUAGAGAUCCAUGGAGUACCGGUACAAACGUAAACGCUGCAUCCACCCCAUCUGGGUCAUCUCCUUCCGAAAAUCCAAGUAGUCAAGACCAAAUCAAUGGUAGCCAAAGCACAUUAACAAACUCAACUCCCCAGGCUUCGUCUACUACUGUACAACCCCAGGGACCAUUUGAUUGGGCCAGUGCUGCUUCAGCAGCAGCAUCAAAUGCAGACCGCAGAAGAACAUCGUCGGCAUUUUUCAACAGCAAUCCAUCACAAUUGCCACCAAGCAAUUCCUUAUCGUCAACUGCUAGUGGCAAUAUUCCAAUGCACCAACCAAUUCAGCAAAUGUCAUUGAGUCAUGGAUUGUCUAGUCAGACUCCACAGCAGCUGCAACAACAACAACAACUGCAACAGCAACUGCAACCUCAAGCCCCUACUCCAAGUCAGAUUCCUGUGCAACAGCAGCAACAGCAGCAAUCUAACCAGCAGCCUACAUCUCAAUCACCCCCACAGUCACAGGCUCAAACUUCAUCGAAUCAGCAGUCUCCACAAUCUCAAGCAUCUGGUGGGGCAAGACAACUGAAGGAUGUUCCUGAUUUAUCACUUUUGGCUAGAGUACCUCCACCAGCAAACCCAGCUGAUCAAAAUCCACCAUGUAAUACGUUGUAUGUCGGUAACUUACCCCCUGAUGCCACUGAAGUUGAACUUAGAGCGUUGUUUUCGCCUCAAAAGGGUUUCCGUCGUUUAUCGUUCCGUACUAAGACACAAUCGCAAUCCAAUCCUAAUGCCAACAGUCACAAUCACGGGCCUAUGUGUUUUGUAGAGUUUGAAGAUGUUGCCCAUGCCACUAGAGCUUUGGCCGAAUUAUACGGAAGAGCAUUACCAAGACCUGGUGGAAGUAAUGGAAAAGGGGGUAUUAGAUUGUCAUUUUCCAAGAACCCAUUGGGUGUUAGAGGUCCAGGAAAUCCUAGAAGGACUAGCUCCAGCCAAGUAUUAAAUGGAAGCUCCCCAACCAGUUCUAGUGGAACUGGAAAUGGACAAUCAGGUAAUCCCGCUCUGCAGCAGCCUCAACUGCAGCAACCUCAGCAGUCGCAACAACCACAACUGCAACAACUGCAGCAACAACCUGCCAGUGUGAAUUCCAAUGGUAUUGGCAAUUAUGGAUACCUGGGAUUUCACAAGGCUUGA